CAAAGUCAUUUGUAGUUUCAUCUUCAGAUAUUUUUCGAUGAUUCUUUUAGUUGUUAACGUUAUUCUCUUUUGCCUAUAUGCGUCAAUUUGUUUAUGCAGUAGCCAAGGAACAAUAAAUCCGCCAGAAAAGGUGUCGGCUGUCCUAGCAUUCGGGGACUCCUUCCUUGAUCCUGGGAAUAAUGACUACAUCACGACACCGCUCAAGGCAAACUUCCUUCCAUAUGGAAAGGAUUUUAUGGGUGGAAAACCAACUGGAAGGUUCUCAAAUGGAAAAAACAUAGGCGACUUUUUCGCCGAAGGAUUAGGAGUGAAGGAAUAUCUUCCAGCAUUUCUCGACCCUUCCUUACAAGAAAACGAUCUUCUUACGGGUGUAAGUUUUGCUUCCGGUGGCUCUGGAUAUGAUCCACUAACAAGCACCGUAUCGGCUGCUAUACCAAUAUUGGACCAACUGAAUUUGUUCAAACAAUAUAUUGGGAAUCUCACAAGGAUCGUUGGGGAAGAAGCUGUGACGAAUAUAAUGAAAAAUAGUGUAUCUGUGGUAUGUUCAAGCACAAAUGAUCUUGUUAUAUCCCUCCCGGCAAGAAGCGUACUUAUUGAUGUCCCUACUUAUGAUCGCAUGUUGGUAAACUUGACCUUGAAUUUUAUACAGGAACUAUACAAACUAGGAGCACGAAAGAUAGUUGUCUUUAGUGCACCCCCCACCGGAUGUCUUCCAAUAGAGAGAACAUUAAAUGGAGGUAUACUUAGAAUGUGCGACCAAAAGGAAAAUGAAGCAGCACAAUUGUACAACAACAUGGUAAAAGAACAGCUCCCAGUUCUUGCAAGUAGUCUUCCUAAAUCAAGGAUUGCUUUGGUCGAUUUCUACAAUCCCCUAAUAAACAUCAUCAAUAACCCUCAGCAAUAUGGGUUUCAAGUUGUUAAUAGAGGAUGUUGUGGAACCGGAUUGGUAGAGGUGUCUUUUUUAUGUAACAGGCUUAGCCCAACGUGUCCAGACGACACUAAAUACUUCUUUUGGGAUAGUUUCCACCUAACAGAGAUCGGAUGUAACAUCUUUGUUAAUCAGACUCUACCAAGUUUGGUGAAUAGUUUGUUCUAGUAUAGGUUCGAUGGGUGACAAAGAUUGCGAGUGUGGAGAUAAUACACUUGGUCACAUAAUUAAAUAAAACAAUGGAAAUGUGUUCGAUUUUAAAUUUGAUUAAUGUAAACUUAGCCUUUGUUCGGCAAAUCAAUAUAUUUAUGUUUACAUUUUAA